ACCCUGGUUUUAAUCAUGCUGAGAACUUUUUUCACAUGGAAAAUGCCCGAGUCCCGCAUCUGGACGGUGAUGUUGCUGCUGGGGACGUGCCUGCUGUACUGCGCCCGCGUCACCGUGCCCAUCUGCGCCGUCGCCCUGAGCACCCACUUCAGCUGGGACAAGAAGCAGUCCGGCAUAGUGCUCAGCAGCUUCUUCUGGGGCUACUGCUUGACACAGAUUAUCGGAGGGCAUAUCAGUGAUAAAAUAGGAGGUGAGAAAGUCCUCCUCCUCUCAGCAUCAGCCUGGGGGUUCCUCACGGUCCUCACCCCGCUGCUCACCCACGUCACUUCUGCCCAUCUCGUUUUUAUGGCCUCCUCCAGGUUCCUCAUGGGGUUGCUGCAAGGGGUGUAUUUCCCAUCCCUGGCCAGCCUGCUGUCCCAGAAGGUCCGGGAGAGCGAGCGAGCCUUCACUUACAGCACAGUGGGGACUGGCUCGCAGUUUGGGACGCUGGUGAUUGGUGGUGCAGGUUCUCUCCUCCUCGACUGGUACGGCUGGGAGAGCGUUUUCUACUUCUCUGGUUUGCUCACUUUGCUCUGGGUUUACUGCACCUGCAAGUACCUCCUGAGUGAGAAAGAACUCAUCAUCCCCAUAGACUAUUUAAUGAGAGGCCUCUCGAUAUCCAAGCAGAGCAAAGUUCCCUGGAAGCAGCUGUUUAAGAAGGCACCGAUAUGGGCUGUCAUCAUCGCUCAGCUUUCUACAGCCAGCACAUUUUUCACUCUUCUCUCCUGGCUGCCAACUUUCUUUAAGGAAACUUUCCCCGAGUCAAAGGGUUGGGUGUUUAACGUAGUCCCUUGGCUGGUUGCAAUUCCUACAAGCUUGUUCAGUGGAUUUCUGUCUGAUCAUUUAAUCAACCAGGGGUACAAAACCAUCACCAUUCGUAAAUUCAUGCAGGUCAUCGGCUCGGGCGUCUCAAGCAUUUUUGCCUUGUGCCUGGGCCAGACCUCCAGUUUCUGCAAGGCGAUAGUGUUUGCUUCUGCCUCUGUUGGACUUCAGACCUUUAACCACAGUGGCAUUUCAGUAAACGUACAGGAUCUGGCCCCCUCAUGUGCUGGCUUACUGUUCGGUGUUGGGAAUACAGGUGGAGCCCUCCUAGGUGUCAUUUGUGUGUACUUGGCCGGCUACCUGAUCGAAACGACUGGCUCCUGGAUUUCUGUUUUUAACCUGGUGGCUGCUGUUAACAGCAUUGGCCUCUGUGCAUUCCUCAUGUUUGGAGAGGCCCAGAGGGUGGACACAGACUCGGCAUAUAUGGACCUCUAGAGAUGAGUCCAGCAAGCAGCUGAAGGACAGGAGAGUGUCAUGUCUAUGUGUCACUGUCGCACAAGUGCCAAAGAACUUUUUUUUUUUGAGGUGUUUAACAGGAAAAAAAAAGAUAUACUGAGACCAAGUACAUAAUGGGUCUGUUUGAAACCCAUGGGACAAAAGAAAUUUAGAGUUCACUUUUUGCUCAGGGCAUAGCUGAUGGCCUGCAGAGCCAUCCAGCUCAACAUCUCCAGUGAGGAUACGGCCCGUGUGACCAGUUUGCCCCAGUCUGUGUCUAGUGGACAGUUAUCCACGUGGCCAAAGCAGCUCACCCGGCUGGUCCCCGAAGGCUGCUGUGGUUUGCAUGGCGUGUCCUGGAGCAGUCACUCUGAGGGGAGCUGCCCCACUGUGCCAGGAGCAGGUCCCUCCAUGCUCCGCCACCCUGUGACCUCAGGGAGGGUGGCCGGCUCUUGGGCUGCCAUGCGACACGUGUCCUCUGAACUACAUGAAAGGAAUAAUCUGAACGAAUGUACCUCUGACCUUAACCCUCCCUCGCGUGCCUUCAUUUUGCAGUCUGCUCGACAGGGACAAGCCAGGUGUACAGGAGAAUGGGUUGUGAGAUGAAUUCAGGGCUUCCCUGCCGGGGAAGUCUUCUGGCUGGGUGUCUGCUGUGGUCCCAGGGGCAUGAGGCUGCAUCAAUACUGCCUUCAGCAUGCUUGAGCUGAGCUUGAGCUGAGCCGGGAGCCUGCAGCGCUGAACGCUCAAACCAGCUGAGCCCAGCUUUGCUCAAGGGCAGAGCUCAAGGGCUCCCUCCUCUCCAGGGUCGCUUCGCUCCAGCCCUGAGCCAAGGCAGACCACCUCCAGCGUGAGAGCAGAGGAGAGCUGCAGGCACCCAUGGCCAGGCUUGCCUGGGCUCACCUUGCAGCGCGGGUGCAGCCGAGGAACCCCCGGGGGCUGCUCUGCCAUAUGCUGGGAAGGUAUGGGAAGAGCAGGUCAUGCCCUGUGCUAUGGAUCUGUACUCCCAAAUGCUUUCUCCUUGAUUAGACGUGUCCCUCUCAGCGGGCAUUGGAGACUUUCCUAAGAGCCUGCAACGGGCAGGUUUUGUUUCUACCUUAAGCGUAAAGCAAAUUUCUGCCUCGGGGCUCCGUAGGACUGGAUGUGGAUCCCUGUGGUUCCCCGUGUCAGAGGGAAAUACUUGGCUGUACACGCCUCUGAGCCUGAAUGUCUUAAGUUAUUUAUAAAUAUUUUUAAAUUUAAGUACCAAAUUCUAUAUUUGAUGGACUUGAGGCCUGAUUCUGCAUGCUUAUUUUGAGUGGUACUCCCACCAAAACCCACAGUAUUUCCGGAAGGGAAGGAUUUACCAGCCCACAGUUUCUGGUUUUGUUAAACGUGGCAUUUCAUAUUAAAGCAGUUCAUUGCUUUUCCUCCCACCCCUUGCUUGCAGCCUGAAAGGAUCUUUUUGAUUUCUCUAGUGCUUACCAGAAAACUUCAGCUGAGAUUUGGGAGCAGAUUCCCUAAGGGACCUCUCCGUGCAGGAAUGCUGUAGGUUCAGAUUCAUUGACUUAAAAAAAAAAAAAAAAAAAAUUUACCUUGUUUCUCCUUUGGUUUUGGCCAAAUUUCUUCUUGGAAGAUACCUUAGAGCCAUGUUAAGCUUCUGAAUAGCUGGGUUUAUAGUGAAAAUACUGACAGCCUUUUAAUUGCAGCCACACUAAUGGGUGCCACUGAGCUAAGCUGAGCUACUUAUUGGGGGUAUUAAGAGAUAAAGAUACAACUGCCUGAUGAAUUUGAAAGAGAAUAUAGGAUCAGUGUGGUCUGAUAGGGAGCCAGAGAGAUAAGAAAGUUGUUUUGUUUUGUUUUUUUUUUCUCCUUCUGUGCUUUUUCUCCAACAGCCUGGUUGCUACCAGAGGUACAACCCUGGAUCUGGGGUGCUGCAGUGCUGCAGAGCCAGGACACACAAACGCUGCUGGGAAGCCUCUUAAAAUCAGCGGGUAAAAUGGGGAAGGCACACAGAGAAAUGCAAACCAGGCUUGCCAAAGAGGCCCGAGGCCAUGCAGACAUCUCUGCCAGCCUCAUCCCUCAUCCAGCCUGAGCAGAUUGUUUGCACGGCCUUUUCUAUAGCAACGUAAGAAAAAAAAAAGGUGAUGGUUUUCUUUUAACAUCUUCCCCUGCGGUUCAGUAUUGCAGAUCAGGAGCACAAGGAGUGAGUUCUGGUUCUCUUUGCUGGUUGCACCGUUUCUUGUGGAAGAGUUGAUGAGUUUAAGCCACUCACGUUGGAAGCAAGGCAGCUUGGCCACCCCUUGGCUCUGCAAGCUGGGAAAUUUGGAACUAAGGUCUUCAAAGGAAAGUCAGCGUCGCUGGCUGUGCCUUUGUAAUCCAGCUAACACUUUGGUGGGCUGUCCGGAUUAUCCAUCUCUGUAAACUGGCUAAAUUAAAUAUUUGAAGUACAUUUGAGGCUUAGGUUUCAUUAUGUUCUUACCUCUUGGUGAAGUAUUGAAACCGUUUUACAUAGCUGUACUAUUGUUUAGUUUUUUGUUUGUUUAAGCAGCCUUGCCAAAGCUUGCUGUCUGAGAGUUUUUUCUU